AUGGUCGAGCGGUUUCACCGCCAACUGAAGGCCUCCUUACGCGUCGCGGCCAAUCCAGAUAACUGGACGGACCACCUUCCCCUGGUCCUCUUGGGCAUCCGCUCCGCUCUCAAGGCGGACCUUGACUGUUCCGCAGUUGAACUGGUGUUCGGCGACACCGGCCGACUCGCCCGUGUGAUGGUCUCGCCAACCCCGCGAGGUGCAGUUGAGUAUCCCACCAACUUCCUGUAUCGUCUCCGGCAGUUUAUGCGGGCACUUUCUCAGGUUCUGUCCAGGUCCUCCGCUUCUCCGUCUUAUCUCGAGAAGGACUUGGCAACGUGUUCUCACAUCUACCUUCGAUGUGAUCGAGUCCGCCGGCCUCUGGAACUGCCCUAUGACGGCCCAUUUCGGGUGUUCUCUCGCGGGACGAAGACUUUCCGCAUUCAACGUGAUAAUCGUGAGGAGGUCUUGAAUGUGGACCGCCUCACGGCUGCCGUCCCGGACACUCCUCCGGAUGAGCCCUGUGGUCCUCCACCUUCCGAUUCCCACCUGCAGCCUCUAUACCACCGUCCCGUAUUUUCCCUCUGCCCUUCUGUCCGCUACCACCGACUGCCACCACUAACACCAACACUACAGCUACCAGAUGUAUUUACUCUUCUACGGACCCUGUAUAUAUCGCUCGAAGUGGUCGUCAUUUACUCUUGCCUGAUCAGUUGA